CAGUUUCACGGGGCAAGCGGACUUCCGGGUUUGUUUUGCGUGAGGGGGUUGAUCGUCCACCCGCGCAGCAACUUCUCUUACCCAGGCGUGGAUCUCCAAAGAAGAGCCGAACAUGCCUGGAAUUCUGCUGGGUGACGAGUUCCCCAAUUUCGAGGCUGACACCACCAUCGGCCGGAUUAAGUUUCACGACUUCCUGUCAAACUCAUGGGGCAUCUUGUUCUCCCACCCGAAGGACUUCACCCCGGUGUGCACCACCGAGCUGGCGUGCGCCGCCAGCCUCAGCGACAAGUUCGCCAAGCGUGGCGUCAAGAUGAUCGCCUUGUCGGUGGACAACGUGGAGGAUCACCGCGGAUGGAGCAAGGACGUGAUGGGGUUUAACAAUCAGGCUUCGAAUCCUCUGCCCUUUCCCAUCAUUGCUGACAAAAAGAGGGAGCUGGCCACCAAGCUGGGAAUGCUGGACCCCGACGAGAUCGACGGCGAUGGCAUCCCGCUCACCGCUCGUUGUGUGUUUGUGAUCGGGCCCGACAAGAGGCUGAAGCUGUCCGUUCUCUACCCGGCAACCACGGGGCGGAACUUUGACGAGCUGCUGCGCGUUAUCGACUCGCUGCAGCUCACCGCGCAGAAGAAGGUGGCCACGCCCGUCGAUUGGAAGCCCGGAGACAAAGUCAUGGUGCAUCCCAACGUCUCAGACGCCGAGGCGGCAACUCUCUUCCCCAACGGCAUCACCACAAAAGAGUUGCCUUCUGGGAAAAAAUACCUGCGCUACACUCAGCUCUGAAGACUGCGCCUCUCUAUAUUAGGACACCAAUAAAAAUAGUGCACAGUCAAAAAACAAGCAUAAAAUACUACACAGCAACAAUAAACACAGAAUUAGUGCCUUUUGUAACAUUCCAUAAUAAACUUUCCACUUAAUUUCAAAAUGA